CAGAAUGCCUUUUGCAACCCCUGAAGUGUCAACCAGUAACCCACAGAGCUCCGAUGGUAGCAUUGCCGCUGCCGCCGAGAGCAAUGUCGAGGCGGAGGCUGAUGCUGAAAUGACCAAUCAGGAGGAGAAAAAGUCCAAGCCUGUGUUUGCUGUGCCUUCCUUACCCGUCAAGAAGGUAGCAGCUAUGCCUCCUCCUCUUCCUCCUCCUCCAUUGUUCCCAAAGGAACAAGAAGGACAGCCAACCACGGACAGUGACGCAGAGAAGGGAGCACCACCUGCCAAGGACUCGAAAUCCUCAGCUUCUAAUGUGCCGCCAUUAAAGUACCAAAAACCAGCCUGGAGUGGAUAUCCGAAUCAGCAGUUCUACUUUGAGGUCAUCAAGAAUGGAAUCAUUGUCGACAAAAUCCAGGCGCCGGAGAAGGAGUAUCUUACGAUUGGUCGUUUACCUAUGUGUGAUCUGGAGAUGGAGCAUCCUUCGCUUUCAAGGUAUCAUGCUGUGAUCCAGUUCAAGAGUAACGGAGAGAGCUUCAUCUAUGACCUCAACAGCAGCCAUGGCACGAAACUUAACAAGACUAAAAUUCCGCCUGGUAUGCAUGUCUCGCUUAAACCGGGCGAUCAGCUACGAUUCGGAGAAAGUACCAGGAUAUAUCUCUUUCAGACAGAAGAAGAGGUGGACCAAGAGGAGGAGGAUCGGAAACUGGUCACUGCUAUGAUUGAAAAACAAAACAGAUCUAGGGCUCAGCAAGUGGACAUGGGCAACGAUAACAGGGAGUUUAAUUGGGGGAUGCAGGAGGACGCUGUAGACGAAGAAGAGAUUGACGAAGCUACCAUGGAUGGGACUGUGCGGAGAGCCGUCGAUCCGGACGCAUCUUACAGGGCGGACCCCAAAAAGGCGCUCCGAAACUACCUUGAGAAUAAGGGAUACAGCUGCGAAUACGACGUCGAGGAAAGUGGUCCUCAACACGCGAAGGAGUACACGGCCAGGAUUCGACUGCCGAUCGAAACUUCGAUGGGUCCGGUCUAUGGACAGGCCACUGCUGGAAAGAGGCGCGAUGCAGAGAGGGAGGCUGCUCUGGAUGCCUGUAUACAAUUGGACAGUAGAGGCAUGUUUGGUCAAAAAUCCUCUGGUGAAGGUGCAACUCAAUCAAAAAACAAAUACGAGUCAUCUGAUGAUGAUGACGACUUUUAUGACAGAACUGUGAAAAAGAAGCCUUUGGCCAAAAAAACGGAACAAAAGGCUGAAACACAUGAGUCGCUCUUGGAGAAACAGCUGGCGUUGCAGGCAGAAAUGGCUUCUCUAGAGGCCAAGAUCCAAGAAUAUGAUGCAACAGCGGCAGCAAGAAAGCAGUUGGAGGAAUCCGGCGAUCUGGAUGUCUAUAUGACUUCACUAGAAAAGUCAGGCGGUGAUUCCAAGGCAAAGAUGCAGCAAAAUCUGGUGGCCAUGAAAAAAGCAAGUAGACAACCCGCGAUUCCUUGCAUUCGGUCUACUGGGGAUAUUCUGUUAACAAACUACACCGUAUUAUUCUAGGAGGAGAAGCGGCUGCAGACACUCAUCGCGUAUACAAAGCCAAUGGACAUCAUGGCCAAAAUCGGAGCCGGCGCUGGCGCUGGUGCAACCUCCAAGAGUAGCAACAACAACAACACAGACUCCCGAUCAUCGCUGUUAUCAUCAUUUUCUGGGAACGGCAAGCGUCAGAAUGAGUGCGAUACUCCAACAGAAGCUGAGGCGAAGAAGACAAGGAUCUUAGGGCCAUCUUUACCCCCAUCAUGAUGAUUCGUAGCAUCUGACCGUGAAGUAAAGUAUCAC